CCAAUCCCUCCAGAAAGGAAUUGUUUAGAAAAAAGUAAUGGGUUUGCUUCAAAGCCAGCCGAAUCUCACUCCUUUCUUUUCCUCCUCAUACUUCUUCCCCUUGCAUCUUCAUCUUUCUCAUCUUUCUCCAUAUAUCCAUCUGUAUCUUCUCCCUAUUUAUAAACUCUUAGUUAAACUUCCAAGAUUGGAAAACCAAGCCAACCCAGCAAGAAAAUAAAUUCACCCACCUCAUUCUACGCUUUAAAGCACCCAUCUUUCUAUCAAAACCUGCAAGUUUCUUCAUUGUUUAUGGAUGCUCAACAAGUAAUAAUGGAUUCUAUCAAAGGCAAGCGCUCCAAGCGUCAACGUCUGCCGUCCCCUCUCAGGUUAGCCUUCACUUCUAGCUCUUCUAGUGCCGGAGAUGGCGGUGUGGAAAGAGUCGACAAUAAUAUGUCUUCUUCCACGUCUCCUAGCACCUCCAUUGAAUUUGCAGAAAGUACUGGUGGGGAAGAAGAAGACAUGGCUAAUUGCUUGAUUCUUUUAGCUCAAGGUAGCGUCCACCAUCAGAGUCCAAAAUUAUCUGAACCUCCGGCUGCGGUAGCUUUGAGUACUACUGCUGCUCCGGCUAAUAAGGUCUCAUCAGGGUCUUCGUACGUUUACCAGUGCAAAACUUGUAACCGGAGCUUUCCUUCGUUUCAAGCUCUUGGUGGACACAGAGCGAGCCAUAAGAAGCCCAGUAAUAAGGCUCACAAUGAAGUGAUAGAAGAAGUGGAAGAUCGUCAACUUCUUAAUGCUAUGAGCACAAACCUUUCGUUGCAGAUGCCAAUGAAUAUCAAAACUAACAAGGUUCACGAGUGUUCUAUAUGUGGGGCUGAGUUCUCCUCCGGCCAGGCUUUAGGCGGUCAUAUGAGGAGGCAUAGGGCGGCUUUUGCUACUUCUUCAACGACGACGAGGAGCUUGGUUACAAGUAGUCCUGAGUCUCAAGAAUCCAAGAAGCCACGGAAUAGUUUGCUGUUAGACCUUAAUCUUCCUGCACCAGAGGAUGAUCUCAGAGAAUCGAAUCUUCGCUUUACCUCCAAGGAACAAGUUCUCGUCUUCUCUCCUUCUUCGUUGGUUGAUUGCCAUUACUGAUAAUAUUACAGCGACAGAUUCACCUUUUCUCCAUCAUUUUUUUUUAAAAGUUUUGUGGAAUUAUUUUACUCAAAACUGAAUGUGAACUAAUCAUUAACGACUUUAUGUAUUUUCACUAAUGUAAUCCCAUAGAAUUGUCCAUUCUUUUCAAUUCUUAAAUACACAUAUUUUAAUAAAACUGUUGCA